AUGUUACGCCCGUACACGGAUGGACACAGCGCAGAGUGGUGGAGAGGCAAGGGGCCUGAGGUUGGACCGAGUUCUGCAGCAGAGGGACCCCCCCCUGAAUGGAGACUGCAGUGGAAAAGAGGCAGACGGGUGCUGACUGCAGUCCUGCUCUGUGGCCUGCUCCUUGGUUCUUCUGUGCUUUGCGUGUACAUCUUCCAGAACUGUGGUCCUCGUCCUUGUGAAACACCUGUGUGUUUGGAACUCUUGUCUCAUUACAAGGCCUCUGGAAACAGAAGUGUGGCCCCCUGCACCGACUUUUUCAGUUUUGUCUGCCAAAAAGCCAAUGGGACCAGUAAUUAUUUUCAGGCUCUUACAGAAGAGAACAAGAGCCAACUGUGGAGACUAUUGGAGACCCCAGGGUCCUGGAACCUAGGAUCUGGGCAGGAGAAAGCCUUUCAGUUCUAUAACUCCUGUAUGGACACAGAUGCCAUUGAAGCUUCAGGGGUGGGUCCACUUAAACAAGUUCUUGAUGAGCUUGGAGGCUGGCAUAUCUCUGGCAACUGGACUUCCUUGGACUUCAACCAAACUCUGAGGCUUCUGAUGAGUCAGUAUGGCUACUUCCCAUUCUUCAGAGCCUCUCUGCAACCUCAUCCGACCCCUCCACACAAACCAAUCAUCCAGAUAGACCAGCCGGAGUUUGACAUUCCUCUCCAGCAAGAUCAGGAACAGAAGGUCUAUGCCGAGAUCCUGCGGGAAUAUGUGACUUACCUGGUUCGGCUGGGAAAUUUACUGGGGGGCGACCCCCAGAAAGUGCAACAACAUGUCUCCUGGUCCGUCUUCUUUGCCUCACGGCUGUCCAGGUUUCUGAGGCCGCUAGAGCGACAGCGGGCACAAGACAAGCUCUUUCAUGUGGCCACUAUCAAUCAACUGCAGGAAAUGGCCCCAGCCAUCGACUGGUUGUCCUGCUUACAAGCAACAUUCACACCGAUGUCUUUGAGUCCCUCCCAGACCCUUGUGGUCCAUGACCUAGACUACUUGAGAAACAUGUCACAACUGAUAGAAGAAGAGCUACUGACAAGCAGGGACAUGAUGCAGAGCUACAUGAUUUUGGGGCUUGUGGAUACCCUUUCCCCAGCCCUGGACAGUAAAUUCCGGGAGGCUCACAGAAAACUGAGACAGAAACUCCGGAAACUGAAAGAACAACCACCCUUGCCAGCCUACCCGCGAUGGAUGAAGUGCGUGGAAGAGACAGGAAAGUUCUUUGAGCCCACCCUGGCAGCUUUGUUUGUUCGUGAAGCCUUUGGCCCAAGCAUCCAAAGUGCUGCCAUGGAAUUAUUUGCUGAGAUCAAGGAUGCUGUCAUCAGACGCCUCAAAAAGCUUUCCUGGAUAAGUAAGGAGACCCAGAAAGAGGCCUUGAACAGGAUCUCCCAACUGCAGGUGGAGAUGGGAGCCCCAAAACAGGCCCUGAAGCAAGAGCUGGCCAAACAGGAAUAUAGUGAUAUACAACUUGGUCCCAGUUUCCUUCAGUCUUUCCUGAGCUGCGUACGAUCCCUCCAGGGCAGAAAAGUUCGUAGCUUUUUGCAGCCUUUCCCCUACCACAGAUGGCAGCAGUCUUCCUGGGGGGUCAAUGCCUACUAUUCAAUAUCUGACCAUGUGGUUGUCUUCCCUGCUGGCCUUCUCCAACCUCCAUUCUUCCACCCUGGCUACCCCAGAGCUGUGAACUUUGGAGCUGCUGGCAGCAUCAUGGCCCAGAAGUUGUUGCAUAUCUUCGACCGACUCUUACUUCCUGGGGGCUGCCCGGCCUGUGACACUCAUGCACUACAGGAAGCACUUCUAUGCCUGGAACACCAAUAUGCUGCCUUCCCCAGCAUGUCCUCCUUCAAUGGUUCUCACACACCCCUGGCAAAUGCUGCAGACAUAGGAGGCCUAGCCAUUGCAUUCCAGGCAUACAGCAAGAGGAUAGUAGAGCACAGUGGGGAGUUGACCCUACCCAACCAGGACCUCAGCCCCUAUCAACUCUUCUUCCAAAGCUACGCCCAGGUGAUGUGUAGGGAUCUGAGCUCACAAGACCCUCUGGACACUCACAGCCCUCUGAGCCUUCGAGUCCAUGGACCCCUCAGCAAUACUCCAGACUUUGCCAAACAUUUUCGUUGUCCACGUGGUAGCCUUCUGAACCCCUCUUCCCGCUGCAAGCUUUGGUAA